AUGAUCCAUGAGUACUGGCUGCGAGACAGAGAUUCUCUUCUGCUUGAACGAGCGGGGAAUUCAGUUAUGCCACGCUUUUUAAGAUUCUAUUUGUUAUCGAUUAACUCCAGUCUAUUUUUUAAAGGCAUAUUUGGGUCAUCUAACCUCUCAUUUGAACAUCAAAUCCGCCUACGACUUCUGACUGACUACGACAAGCAAGUCCGACCAGUUUUAGGGAAUAAAACCGUGGAAGUGUCGUUUUCUAUGAAGAUCAGCAGACUUGUUAAAGUGGAUACGAAAGAACAAAUAAUUAUUUUGGAUACAUGGAUAAUACAGACGUGGAGAAAUGAAUUCCUUGUAUGGAACUCGGAUGAUUUUGGAGGAGUAUCUCGAGUACAGUUUGUCCCGGACGAAAUCUGGGUGCCGGACAUUUCUCUUUUCAACAAUGGUGAUGACAGCGUUACUCUAGCCGGAGGACGAACAAAGUUUGUCACUGAGGUGUCCGUGGAUAAUACCGGAAUGAGUGUGUGGAGUGGACCAGCUACAUUUAAAGCCAACUGCAAAUUAGAAAUCGGUAACUGGCCAUUUGACAACCAGACCUGUGAAAUGGGCUUUGGUUCAUACACAUACGGAAUUGGCAGGAUGGACAUCAAACUAUUUAAAGAUACAAGUGGUGAAUUUACCAAUCGGUUUGUCACAAACGGUGACUGGACGAUAGACGAGAUCUCCACAAGAUUAGAAUUAACAGAUCACGGUGACUGUUGCCCAUUUGAUUUCAGCGAGGUGGUUUACACGCUAAAAAUGUCACGGAAGCCUUUAUACCACUUGUUUUAUCUGACCAUUCCCAGUAUAAUGCUUAUGUUUCUCGCCCUUCCAAGCUUUUUAAUUCCAGUGGAGAGUGGAGAGAGAAUUGGCUUUGUCACCACCAUGCUGCUUGCUAUGACUGUCUUCUUGCUUCUAAUUCCGUCUUUCCUCCCUGAAACGUCCGAUGGUGUUCCAAUCCUUGGAAUAAGUUUGCAGGUCACUUUGGUCAUCAUGGCAUUGGUCCUGUUUGCCAAUAUUUUCGUCCUGAAGGUCUUUUUCAUGGAGGGCACUCCCCCAGAGUGGGUGCAAAGCAUUUUCAACAUGUGCAGGAAAAAGAAAAGCGUUCAACGAAUACAUGUAGCUAGCUCAGACGUUCAGCCGCCAUCCAUGAAAUCUCGCACGUCCGUGAAUGCAAUUGAACUGUCCCCAUCUACUAGCGUAAGCACGCCCAGGGGUUGGCAAGAAGAAGAACAGCAAGUAACAUGGCAAAAAGUGUCCGUCAAACUUGAUCAUGUGUUUUUUGUGUUGUUCCUUGUCUGUGCUGUGAUUUCUUAUUGCAUAAUUUACAUUUCAAAGGUAUAAUGAGCUUUUUCCAAAAUGAUGAACACAGAAAUCUCCUGGGCUGGGUACUUGGGCAAGGUAUUGCCGGUUAAGUACUGCUAGCCUCUUUGAGCCCCUAAUCAUUAUGGUCUAUUAUGCAACCAAUUAUGGCCAAACAUAGAUCUCAUCUCAGUCACCUUUUUGCAAGUCUAAACGACAGCAUCCUUAUUCAAUAACUUUCCAUGACGUUUUGUUAACGGAUUUGGUGAAUGAUUUUUUUUAACACUACUUUUCUUAAAUCGUGUUUGAGUUUCUCCGACU